GCCCUAAAACUGUCUCUCUCUCUCCUCUCAUUCUCUCAUUUUCUCUCUUCCUCUCUCUUUCUCUCUCCUCCUUCCCUCUCUCCGUGUCACGCCUCUCGCUAGGGAAGGAGGAAUCGCUAGGGCGCCAGUGAUCGGGGCUUGAUGAUCCAGCUUGCCGUACUCCGGCGCUUGCGAGUGCUGAGGAUCUCGUCGUCGUCAUCGGCACCGUCGCGGAUAGCUCCUCCUCUGCUGGCCGGGCGCUGAUUGCCGCGAUAUUCUGAUCGCUCGGCAUCGAAUUUCGCUGCUGGUAAUGGCUGGAAUUCCAGGCCGGGGCUUCUAGGCAGCAUUCCGUUAGGGUUUGAGUGAGCAAGCAUGACUUCCACAGCCAGCCAGCCCCAGUUUCGAUACACACAGCCCCCGUCCAAGGUCUUGCACAUCCGGAACUUGCCGUGGGAGUGUACCGAGGAGGAGCUCAUCGAACUGUGCAAGAUGUUUGGCAAGGUCGUCAAUACCAAAUGCAAUGUGGGAACCAACCGGAACCAGGCAUUCGUGGAAUUCGCCGAUUUAAACCAAGCGAUUGCGAUGGUCUCCUUCUACGCCUCGUCGUCGGAGCCAGCGCAAGUGAGGGGGAAGACUGUGUACUUACAGUACUCCAACCGGCAGGAGAUUGUAAACAGCAAGAACACCGGUGACGUUGCCAGCAACGUUUUGCUCGUUACCAUUGAGGGUGUGGAGGCUGGCGACGUGAGCAUUGACGUCUUACACUUGGUAUUUUCAGCAUUCGGAUUUGUCCAUAAGAUAGCAACGUUUGAGAAAACUGCUGGUUUUCAGGCUUUGGUACAGUUUAGUGAUGCAAACACUGCAUCUGCUGCUAGACAAGCUCUAGACGGGCGAAGCAUUCCUAGAUAUUUACUUCCAGAACACGUCGGCUCUUGCCAUCUUCGUAUUUCGUUCUCUGCUCAUACUGAUUUGAAUGUAAAAUUUCAGAGUCACCGCAGCAGGGACUACACAAAUCCUUAUUUGCCCGUUGCUCCAUCAGCGAUCAAUGGUAUUAGCCAGGAAUACACUACUGGACCUGAUGGCAAGAGGAAGGAACCUGAAAGUAAUGUCUUACUUGCUUCGAUAGAAAAUAUGCAAUAUUCAGUCACGAUUGAUGUCUUGCACACGGUAUUUGCCGCCUUUGGUCCCAUCCAGAAGAUCGCUAUCUUCGAGAAGAACGCUGGCUUCCAAGCGUUGAUACAAUAUGCUGACGUAACCACGGCAGUGGCAGCCAAAGAGGCCCUGGAGGGCCACUGUAUAUACGAAGGUGGAUACUGCAAGCUACACCUUUCUUACUCCCGGCACACAGACCUGAAUGUAAAGGUACGGGUUAACAACGACCGGAGCCGAGACUACACUUCCUCUCAAUCGCCAUCGGUGCUGGGAAAGGCCCCGGCCACCUCUCCCGGGGGUGCCGAGUACACGGCGUACGCGGCAUGGGAUCACACACAGGGCGUCCCGGAGAUGCAAGCGAUGAUGCCCGCCAUGGCUUACAGCGCCCCGCCGGCACCCAUGCCUCCACAGCAGCAAAUGCCGCCGCCUCCAAUGGCGGGGCCAAUGCCAGGUGCUUUCUCUCAGCCUUCGCACUUUGCUCCUCCGCCAAUGCAAUAUGGAGGCGCUCAACCGUUUGGAAUGCCAGGGCCUGUCUAUUAUAUGCAAUGAGAUGGAAAAACAAUAACACGAGGAAAGGAAAAAAAAAUCCGUUCUGUAUCAAACGAAACAAAUAUAUAUAUAUAUAUAUUUGUAUCGAGAAAAGAAAUGAAAUUCGAAUAAAAAGGAUUAGGUGCCA